UUGACGGAACAAUAUCGUGUAGGUUUAGGCAACCCGUCGCUUUUCAUCUGACCUAUCUCUUCUGAGCGGACCUUAUGUAUCCGCUACCACUACGGGCUGCCUGUAGAAAUCUCCAUCUAUCUCCAACUUCUUCACGAAUCACGAUAACCUCCGAGCUAGCUUGAGGCACUCCCAUGGAAACUCCGGAGCUGGCUAUUCUCUUCACUGCUGUCGUCACUCUCUACUACUUCUUCCUCCUCCUCUGCCUUCGCCGCCGGCAAUCCAAGAAACUGCCGCCGGGUCCAACGCCUCUGCCCAUCAUCGGGAACCUCCACCAGCUGCUCGACCUCCCACACCGCCGCCUCCACCGGCUCGCCAAAACCUACGGCCCCAUCAUGUUCCUCCGCCUCGGCAGCAAGCCGACGGUCGUGAUCUCCUCGCCGGAGACCGCGGAGCUGGUCCUCAAGACCCACGACGACGUCUUCUUGGGCCGCCCAAAGGGGCGGGUUACGCACCACCUGACGUACGGCGACAGGGGAAUGGCGUUCACCGAGGGCGGAGAGUACUGGCGGAGCGCGAGGAAGCUGUGCGCGUUGCGGCUGCUGAGCCCAGCCAAGGUGGAGUCAUACGCACCGGCAAGGAAGGAGGAGCUCGGGAGGAUGGUGGAGAGGGUGAGGGCCGCGGCGGCGGCCCACAAGGUGGUGGACGUGAGCGCCGAGGUGGGGGAGCUCAUGGGGAACUUGUCGUGCAGAUUGAUAUUGGGGUAUUGUAGCAGCAGCGGCGAGGAUGAGUUCGACUUGAAGAAGUUGAUUCACGAGGUUUUGAGCUUGGCUGGUUCUUUCAACUUGGCAGAUUACGUGCCUCUUCUUGGACCGUUCGAUCUUCAGGGAUUGGCUCGGCGUGCAAAAGUAGUUCAUCAAGCCAUCGACAAGGUCCUGGAGGGCGUCAUCAAAGAACACGAGCAAGACACGACCGGCAAGUAUAAGGGCGAUUUUCUAGACACGAUCCUCUCCGUAACGCAGCACCCCAUGACCGAUUCGCAGGACAAACCCGACAUGUUGGACCGGACCAACGUCAAGGCCAUAGUUCUCGAUCUGAUCUCCGGGUCGUACGAAUCUUCCUCGACCAUAAUCGACUGGGCAUUCUCGGAGCUAAUGAGGAGUCCACACGUGAUGAAAAAGCUUCAACAAGAGCUCCGAGCCAUCGUCGGAAUGAACCGGAUGGUCGAGGAGUCCGACCUACCGAAGUUGAAUUAUCUGGACAUGGUGAUCAAAGAAACCUUCAGGCUGUAUCCGCCCGGUCCACUCUUGAUCCCGCAUGAGUCCACGGAGGACAUCGAGAUCGAUGGGCAUUACAUCCCAAAGAGGACCCGGGUCAUCGUGAACGCUUGGGCUCUUGGGAGAGAUAUCGAUGCCUGGGGCGACGACGUCGAGGAGUUCAAGCCGGAGAGGUUCGCGAACAGCAGCGUGGAUGUCAAAGGCCGGGACUUCCAGCUAAUACCUUUCGGGUCAGGCCGAAGAGGCUGCCCCGGAAUGAACUUGGCACUAAUUAAUACUCGGCUCUUUUUGGCCCAAAUGGUGCACUGCUUUGAUUGGGAGUUGCCGGACGGUAUGUCACCGAGCGACUUGGACAUGACCGAGGAGGUUGGGCUGUCGCUCUCGAAAGCGAAACACUUGUCCCUUGUGCCGACUUAUCGCCUGCUUGUUUGAAUUUUAUGGAAUUUCGUCACUGUUAUAGUAAAUCCCUAAUAGUAACACAUGAGACCUCGUUCAGUAAUAAGAUCAAGUUCCCAUUAGAAGUUACUACGAUAAGAUGCUUAAAUCUGAAAAAGAAGAUAAGAAACGCUCAGUGUACUAAGGAGUGGGAGACAAUUUUUUGUCUUUUUGGUUGUGGUAAUAGAAAUGAUAGAUAUAGUUUUGGGGUACUA